AUGACUUCCCUCACUCCCGAGGCUUUUGUCCGCCUCCACCCUGUCCACCACAUGAUCCUCGACUUUCUCGCCCAAUCCUCCCCAUACACCAUCCUCCAGCUCAACAAGUACUACCGCCGGCGCGUCCUCCCAGACCUGUAUCAUACCCUCCCCGUUACCCAAAAGUCCAUCUGGGCGCUCGACUGCCUCGUGCCUCGCGAUAGAGCGCUGAGACCGCACUCUGUCCGCUACGCGAAGGUGCUCCAGGUGGAUGAUUUUCCCAUCAUACCGCUUGUCAAGCGGGUAGAGUUCUCCUGGGCGGUUGUGCGGGACGAGUACUUCUUCAAAUUUCAUCGCCGUAUGGGUAACGUCAACCCCGAGGAGCGCACGCUGUGCAAUGAAGUUCAGCGCGGCGGCCAACUCCUGGAGGCUCUGGUGCACGUCGACUGCAAUAAUGUACGGGCAAGUUGCACAGAUAACGCGCUGGUAAAGAUUGGUUUCUUAUUCUCUCGAAACCCCGUCAACGUCGCGACAACUCUCGUCUUGCACACCCCCAGAUACGGUCUAGACUAUUUCCCAUUGUGUCAUCAUCUUCCGCUUCGACCGGAGAGGAUACUCAGAUUCGUGCUCUGGCCUGCGCCUGAGGCAAGCGAGGAAACAGGCAGCACAGCGUCGUAUAUUCCCGCUGCAUCACCCAGUGUUCUCGAGGACUUUGCGUCGUUCAUUAUCUACGUCAUGGACCAUGUCAUGGACCAAAGGCGGGAACACGGGAACUGUUUUGAGGAAGAGGAGGACGCAGCGAAAGAGGCGGGAUUCGUCUAUCCCCCCGAACAGCUCGAGGUGGUAUGCGUGAAUGCGAGUCUUGUGGAGGAGCUUGCAAGAGCCAAUUUCUCGCCUCCAAAGCCCAUGAACUCGGCAUCACCGCCGGUCGAGUUGGAGAAAUUCGAGUGGCCGAUAAAGUUUAUCGAACUGGACGAGGAGAUCGCUCUUGAAUACGAUCUGUGGAACACAGAACUAUAG